AUGCACGCAGUGGACGACCGAAAGAGGCUUACCGACGAAAACAUCAAAAAAGUCCACAAAAUAAUUUUGAAUGAUCGUAGAGUGAAGUUGAUCGACAUAGCUGAGACUCUAAAGAUAUCAAAGGAACGUGUUGGACAUAUUGUGCAUGAAUAUUUGAACAUGCGAAAGCUGUGUGCAAAGUGGGUGCCGCGCGUGCUCACAAUCGAUCCAAAGCAACAACGUUUUGAUGAUUCGGAGCAAUAUUUAGCGAUAUUCAACCGUAAUAAAGACGAAUUUUUCCGUCCAUAUAUUACAAUGGAUGAAACAUGGCUCCAUCAUUACACUCCAGAGUCCAAUCGACAGUCAGCCGAGUGGACUGAACGCGAUGAACCGAAGCCAAAGCGUGGAAAGAAGCAACAGUCGACUGGCAAGGUUAUGGCAUCAGUAUUCUGGGAUGCGCGUGGUAUUAUAUUCAUUGAUUACCUCGAAAAGGGCCAGACCAUCAACAGCGAGUAUUACAUAACUUUGUUGGAGCGCUACGAAUUGCUUCCCCAUCCACCGUAUUCUCCAGAUCUGGCCCCCAGUGACUUUUUUCUGUUUGCAGACCUCAAAAGAAUGCUUGCUGGAAAAAAAUUUAGCACUGAUGAAGAGGUUAUCGCCGAAGCUGAGGCCUAUUUCGAGGCUAAAGAGAAAUCGUACUAUAAAAAUGCCUACGAACUUUUCAGCCAAACUGUUACUAGAUGCCAUAUGCAGUGGUCGAUGCGUAACCCGAUGCGGCAGAUAUCCGUAUCCUUGGUGGAACUUGGUUGUCGUUAA